GAGAAAUAAUCAAAUAUUUCGAGUAACUUUUUUGCUUAUAUAGUUGUUUGAGAAGGUAGCUUAAUUUCUCUUGGAAAUUUAUAUGAUUUAGCGCACAUUAAUAUUUUCAACACAAAUAAUCGGUUAUUUAAUCAAUUUGGACUAUUUUGCUUGAAACUUUUGUCGCACACGUCAUGCCUCACUACACCUUGAAGAAAUCCAAGCACUUUGUGGUGAGCGAGGUGCUCAUGUCCGCCGUAGAAUUUCAAUUCGACGAGCCAGAGAAGCGACCUUCUUCUUCUUUGUCUCUGCGCGGAGCAAUUUGCCGCAGCUUGAAAAGAAUCGGCGUCGUUCUCAGCAAAAUCUACGGCAACGUGGUGUUUUUCAGCGGCACCGUGCUCGCCAUUUUGGCCACCGUCAAGAUCUUGACGACGCCGGAGGACACUUUGCCUCUUUUCAUCCUCAGCCUGAUGGUGCCCUUGCGAAUUUUCAUGGCCCUCUUCAAGGCCAGCUCCAUGUGCAAACUGAAGAUUUCCCUGAUGCACAUUUUCUCAGCCACCACCAAAGACGUGCCCUACCCUGCCGUCCUCAAACCGGAAGUGCAAAUUUACAAUCGGGACGUGGGCAAAACGCCGUGGUUGCUGGUUCUGCUCGUCGUGUGCUCGUUGCUGCAAAACGUGCCCGCCUUGAUUGUCGCCGAAAUGAACACCUACCCCAAUGAAGAAAUCCUCAUCCCCAUUUGGCUGCCCCGAGGACUCGAGCUCGAGCAGUGGAUCAUUGGCGCGAUCAACACGGCGGAGGUGGCAUCGGUCGUCGCCCUCGGCUACCUGGUCUACGGAUUCGCUGCCCUGGUCAUCUCGCUCAUCAGUUUCGCCUCCAAGAUGCUGCAGCACUUGAACCGCGUUUUGCGAAUCGCCGCCGUCCGGAGCGGCGACGACGACGAGCGUUUUGCCAUGUUGAGCAACAAAGACAUGGCCGACGUGGUCAGGUACGCCGUCCAGCAGCACCAGCGGUGCAUCCACUUUGUCCGCCACAUCAACGCCAUCUUCGCCUUGGUCAUGCUGCUGGACGUGUGGAGUUUCCUCUACUCACUCUGCGCCGUCAGCUAUUACUUUGUCAAGCUGCCGAACGAGUACCCAAUCAUGAUCAAGGCGCUGAUCCAGAACAUCGUGACGACCGCCCUGUACCUGGGACUUGCUUGUUGGCACGCGGACACGGUCACGUCCGAGGCAACAAUAUUUUCAAAAAAUCAAUCAAAUGUUAAAAACAAACAUGUUUCAAGGGCGAACUGGUGAGCACAAACUGCAUGGCGAUUAGUUGGUGGAACUACGGACCGGAUUUGGUGCAGGACGUCAGCAUCAUGUCCAGCAUGGCGCAGUUGAAGCUGGGAUUCAUGGUCGGGCCCUUCUACUCGCUCAACAUGGUCACUUUCCUCGUCUUGAUGGAGAUCGGGCUCACCUACUUUUUGCUGCUCUAUCAAAUUAAUUGAAAUUAUGGAUUCAAAACGAGCUAAUUAUUAUAAUAAAACCUCGAAUAAGGGUGUGUAAAACUUACGACAAAUCAGUUUCAUUACUAAUAAUGCGAUGUAGAAAUCGAUUCGCAAAUCCAAUAAUUAAUUUGUCAUCAUGAGAAAUCAUUAAUUCCUAAUAAUUGCAUGACAAUUUAGCAUGUCGGAAUAAACAGGGUAAUUUCGAGAUAAUAUUUCCCAGAUAUUUAGUAAUUAGUUGUUAAUUAUAGACUA